AUGAGGGACAGGAGAGGGGCCCUGGGCGCCUGCCUCGCAGAAGUGCAGGGGGAGGACUCGGACAAGCUGCCGCGCAGCCUUCGGACACAGGAGAGCCCCCACCCGUUCGGUGCCCCUUCCUGGGCGAAGAAGCCUGCGGUUGGUCUGCAUGGAAAUCCACACGGUGAGAUGUCAUCAUCGGCAGUGAGAAGCGAUCGCAGUGAGGCCAGCCUCUUGCUUCCCAGUGGCACCACGGCGCUGCCACGUUCGAAAGGAUCAGUGAGAAGGAAUUGCGCUUCCCCGGUGGCGCAGAGCGAGACCGUGGCUCUGUUCUUUGCUCCUGCAGAAGAGUGUGUCGCGGGGGGCUCCUGUGGUGUGGAAGGUGCCCUGCUGAGGGACUGGCUGAGAGGAGCGCCCAGGGCCACUGAGAGCCACAGGGGACGGUGCUGCAGAGGAGAGCCUUGGGGGUUGGGACUGCGGUGCCACGAGAAGCCGUCAGAAAUGGGCGUCUCUGAGGAUGAGCCACGUGCUGCUCUUGAGAUGAGAGGCUCUGAGUCAGAACCGUCCUGCCUGCGUUCUGUCCUGUCACUGCCGCUGCACGUGGAUCCCCACGUGCUCCUGAAUGAUGGGACGGAGGGUGCUUCCCCCGGCCGUUCAAAGCCCGCACUUUCAGAGCCAACAGACGAGGACAGGAAACUGCUUGCAAGUGUAGAAAGGGCUGCAGGUGACCCGCAGGAAACACUGGGGCUUCAGGCCGAGUGCGCUUUUCAAGUAGCAGAGCUGUUACGCCGCAGUUAAGGCACAAGCUGAACAUUAGAAAUAGAGUGAUUUUAAAAGUUGGCUUAGGACGGCCUUUCCACGAAGUCUGAUGCAGAUGGGACAGCGGCGACAUCCCUGCUCUGGGUCGUGAGUCCAGACGGACUUCCGGGAGUGGAGUGGAAACUCGUGGGAAGCUGGCUGGCGUGGAAGGCAGUUCUCAAGCAGUUUUAAUUACGUGGUUCCCGAAAGGCAUUCAGGGUCGGGAGACCGUUUCCAGGAGAAGACGACUGUGUCCUGACCCACACGAGAUUAGACCAUAAAGAGUUAACAUGACGCCCCCAACAGACCUUCAGCACCCACCCUGAGGGGCGGCCGCGCCGGAGGCUGUCUCUGCAGGGUGUCCCGUUGUCUGGUGGGAGUGGGUGUCGCAGCCGCCAGACCCUCCGUGCUUGCUCCAGGCCUUGCUGAGUCGAUGGCGCGCGGUGACCGUUUCUGCAUUUUGUGGAGUCACUUCCGUCUGCAGCAGCCUUUGAUUUCUGUUCUCACCUCCCCUUCCUACCACUUGAAGUGCGGUUUUCAUGGAGGCCCUAUGGUGAAAGUUGCAAUAUUAGACUUAGCUUUAGAGUAAACCCUUCUCAACCAACCGGUGUCACCAGGAACAGAAGUGAGUGUGAGACUCCUUCUUUGUUGUUAGUCGAUGACUGACUGGUAAAGGUCACUUCGGAGGGUCAGUUUUUAAGGAGUCCCGCAGUGAGACAGCCUGCGUCAGGAUUGUGGAUCGCACGCACCAGCUCACGCCGCAUGACGAUGCUGUGCGCUACUGCGGUGUUCUGGGAAAAUGAAAAAUAAAAUCUGUUGUUCAGUGUAAUAAAUGUCUUAUUUCAUGUGCACAGUC